AUGGAGCAGAGUACCACCUUUGGCGGCAGCAGCGGUAGCCACAAACCUGCUGCGCCUGAGGCGAGCAGUGAAGCCAGUAGUAAAGUCAACGACGUUCAUCGUCAGUCUGCACACCGGCAACCCAGCGCUCAGACCGAAGUCCACAGUGACGACGGUCCUGAGGUCGAGGAGGUUCUGGACGACGAGUCUGAGACGAACAGUGGCCAAAGCGCAGAGCAUCCGCGAAAGAAGACACCAAAGGAUAGCCCGGCUUAUGUUGCGCCUAUUGGGGGCAUUCCAAAAAUCACUCCGAUCGAUUCUUUAGCAUCCAAUCCUCUGUCAACACCACCACCGGAGGACCAAUCUUCAGAUCCACCAAAGAAGCUGCCUAUACAUCAAAUUCCCAAAGAUCAUCUCGUGGGCAAAACUAUCGAUGAAUUCGGAGAUAUUUUGGAUGAUGAGGGCGCCGUCCUUGGCCGAGUCGAAGGUGAUUUGCCAUCUAUGGUUGGGCGGACGAUAUCGAACGCUCGAGGUGAUGUGCUUGGUGAUGAGGGCGAAUUGUUGGGUUACGUGGCUGAAGUAGAGACUGGAGAGGGCGAGCAGCAAGAGUCAAAACAACAACAUCCAACAUGGGAUUUGGCAGAAGUCAUGAAAGCCAUGGCUGCUGCUGGUCAGGGACCGGGCGGCUUGAGAGUCGACCCGUUCGGAAAUAUACUGGACGCGGAAGGCAAUGUCGUCGGUUCAUUCCAUGACAACAAGACUGGCUUUGGGAAGAAGACUCGCGAGGGUGGUAAUGGUAAAUCGGGUAGUGGCAAGGCUCGUUCAAAGCCAUCCAGCUCGAAACAGAAGCCUGAUGAGACCGGGCCGGAGGACCAGGCGGAGUCAUCGUCGGGGUCGCACCCACGCGAGAACGCCCAGAGCCACAGGAGGCAGCCUGAGGAGAGGAAGCCAAGCCCUUCAGACAUUUUCCUAGAUGUCAAGUCAACAACGGAGGGCAUUCAACUCACCAUACGCAUUCCAACGGUCUUCAACAGCAGCGGGCAGCCAGCCCAGCCCAAAAUUGUGUUCUCGUAA